AUGGCUCCUUCCAACCUUCCCGCCAUCUUCAACCCCACCCAGCAGGACAUUGAGAUGCUCCUGGCUGCUCAGUGCCAUCUCGGCAGCAAGAACCUCCAGGUUCACAUGGAGCCAUACCUGUGGAAGACCAGGCCCGACGGUGUCAACGUCUUGAACAUUGGCAAGACCUGGGAGAAGAUUGUCCUUGCUGCGCGCAUCAUCGUCGCCAUUGACAACCCGGCCGACAUCUGUGUCAUCUCUGCCCGUCCCUACGGUCAGCGUGCCGUCCUCAAGUUCGCAUCGCACACCGGUGCCGCCGCCAUCGCUGGUCGUUUCACCCCCGGUAACUUCACCAACUACAUCACCCGUUCCUUCAGGGAGCCCCGCCUGGUCAUUGUCACCGACCCCCGCACCGACGCCCAGGCCAUCAAGGAGGCUUCCUACGUCAACAUCCCCGUCAUUGCCCUCUGUGACGGAGACUCACCUACCGAGUACGUCGAUGUUGCCAUCCCCACCAACAACAAGGGUCGCCACGCUAUUGGUUUGAUCUGGUGGAUGCUUGCCCGUGAGGUCCUCCGUCUCCGCGGCACCCUCGCCAACCGCGAGACCGAGUGGGACGUCAUGACUGACUUGUACUUCUACCGCGACCCCGAGGCUGAGGAGAACAAGGACAGCACUGGUGUUGAGGAGGCCAAGGUCCCUGGUGCCGACGAGGUUGGCCCUGGUGCCGUCGCUGAUGGCUUCACUAGCGAGUGGGAGGUCUCCGGCGCAUCUGCUGGUGCUUUCACUGCCCAGGCCGCCGCUGCCCCCGGCACCAGCUGGGACGCUGACACCGCCGAUUGGGCUGCGUCUGGCGAUGCUCAGACUGGCAACGAGGGCUGGGGUGCUGAGACUGCUGCCCCUGCUACCACCACCCAGUGGUAG